AUGUUUGUACCCGAUUUUAUGCAUGAAUUCAAACUGGGAGUCUGGAAGGGUACUCUUACACAUUUGCUGCGUAUCAUGCAUGCUUUUGGUGGGGAUGCAAUUCAAACAAUUCAAUGCAAGGUGAGAUAUCGCAAUGUUCCGACUUUUGGCAGGGAUACAAUACGCAAAUUCAAUCGCAAUGUUUCGAACCUCACAAAACGCGCUGCAAGAGACUUUGAGGAUAUCUUACAGUGUGCUAUCCCUGUAUUCAAAGGGCUACUGCCUAAGGAGCACGACAAGGUCAUAUUGGAUCUACUUUUCGAACUAGCAACGUGGCAUGCCCUAGGAAAACUCAGACUUCAUACUGAAACCACACUGCAUUUCCUUGACAACUCAACCACUAGACUUGGGUGA